AUGCCAGUCAGACAAGAGCAAGAAUACCAAACAGUAGACUAUAGUAUUCUCAACGAUAAGGUCAACUUCCACAAGCUAGUCAACUCAACAAACAAGUUCAGACUUGUUGUGCCAGACACUGUGAUACCAGAGGGCACUACAUCAAUCAUCUAUUUCAUCAAUGUUGCGCCCACAGUAGGGAUGUUCCCAGACAGUGUUCAAACACUUGAGUUCAACUACAGGUUCCGACAACCCUUUGACUUUGGCACACUCCCCUCCAAUCUCACCUCUCUCAUGCUUACAGCAAUAUACGAUCAAGUGAUGCCGGUUGGCGAGCUCCCGGCAAGUCUUACCAAACUCGAGUUUGGGAGGGAUUACAAUCACUCCAUCCCAAUUGGGUGGCUGCCAUCGGGAUUGAAGACAUUGAUAUUCGACACCAACUUCAAUCAGCCCAUCAUUGUUGGCUCAUUGCCAAAUGGACUGAUCACGCUCAGACUAAGCACCUGCUUUGAUCAACCCCUUGAUAUAGACGCACUCCCGCCCAGUCUGACCUACCUCAAGUUUGGCAACUCGGAGAAUAGUGACUAUUAUUCACCGGGCGUCUACAAUCGGCCAUUCCUGUCAUGCGUUGGACAAUGGAUCAAUCCCACCCUCUGUAACACGUCUACAAAUACAUCAUGA